AUGCUAUCACUGCGCCCGACUGUACCUGAGUUUCUUUUCCUUAUCAAAAAUACUUCAUCCAGCCGAAUGGUGCAUAACGAUCGUUCAGUUCCUAAUAAGAGUUCGGGACGAGCAGAGAUAAAGUAGUGCAUUAUUUUUUAAAAAAAAUUUUUAUUUCUAUUUUUUAUUCAUUUUAAAAAAUGGAGAAAAUGCGACCGCGAGCUGCAGCCUUCUGUUCCUGUUGUGGUAAAGGACCGUGAGUAUUAAGAUGUUAUUUUCUGGUAAUUUUUUUUCCUUUGUUGGCUAUUGUCCUGAUAGCGCCACGUGCUAUAAUUUUUGGUAUUCAUAUAAUUGA